GUGGAGGAGGCGGUGACGUAUUGUUUUGGUUUGUGCGCCGCCUUUUGGUUUUGUGGUCCUGCCAACAGUGAGUGGAUGUUGUUGUGCCGUGUUCAUUCCACAUCACGCUCGCAUCACCCAUCCACACCAGUCGAGAUGAACGCCUCGCUUCUCGCACACGCGAUGCUGGUGCUGCUGGUGCUGCUGGUGCUGCUUGGUAUGUCGUCCUUGAUGACGACCGACGCUGCUGCAGCUCGCUUCGACGAAGCGGCCUUUCAACAGCAAGUGCAGCGCCUCCAAGCAGCCACAGCAGGCCAGGUGUUUGUGUAUGACAGCUCGUGGCUGCUGAACGAGACCGCUGUUGACCCACCAACGUACUACCAAACAACACAGCUCCUCGCUGCCAUUCAGGGCAUCGUGAACCGGGAUCAGCCACAGCUGUUCUUGAACCACACCCCUGCCGACGCAGCAUGGUUCCCAUUCAUCCAACAAACGUGGUUCAAGGACGUCCAGUUUCAAACGCUGGACACCGUCGACGACAUCUUGGACAAGUACAUGCAACACUUCAAUGGCACUGCCAUCUAUGACACGAACGUGCCGUCGACGUCACUGGUGGCUGCGUCGCUCGCUGGCGCUUACAAUCUACUUCCCGUUGCCUUUGACCCCAACGGCGACCCGAACAGCUGGUACUCGCAGCUUGUGCACACGCGCAAGAUGCGUGUGGCCUACAACCUCACGGGCAAGUUUGACGGGCGCGUGACUGGCAGCAGCAAGUGCGAUGCGUACAUGUGGGCCAUCGACGAGCUCAUCCGCACCGGCGCGUGCACCCCACACGUGCACGGGUACAUGAUUGACUACUUCUGGACGGGCGUGGCGUCCAAGGCGCCGCGGUUGGGCAACACCAUCCCCAACCAGGAUUACGUCAUUGCGCGACGUGGGUUCUUCUGGGACCUCGAUGUGUGGCAGGACCAGGCCCCAAAUGACGACCCACACCAGCCGCUCGGCACAGACUACCACACCCUCGUCGCCAUCAUGAACGCAUCCAACGCCCAAAUGACAGCAACACAAAGCAAGGACGAGCAUGGGCACAUGAUCCAUGUCGUGGGCUUCGUACCAUGGGCAUUCAAGUAUGUGAACGAGAAGCAUCAAGGCGUAGCUACGGAGUGGAAGAUGGUGCAGGUGCUAUCGGCGUACAACGCAUUUGUGGAUGCAGACGCGUGCUGCAUCGAGGCCAUGGCAAACGCAGCCUUCUACUCCACCUUGCCGCUGCCUUCCCGCUUUGUGCAGCAGCCACCACUCUCACUGCCACAACUUCAGAGCAAAGGGUAUGUGCAGGCCAAGACGCGCGCCGUUGUGCCGCGCAUGUACAUCUCCUUCUACGUCGGCGACUACGACAGCGCCGCGUGGGUGUACAACGAGCUCAAGGCGCGCUGGGACGACGGCAACCGCGGCAGCGUGCCGCUCGGCUGGGCCGUGGACGCUGAGCUGAGCUGGCGCUUCCCGCCAGCCUUCAUGUACGCGCUGGGCAGCACGACGGCCUCCGAUCGCCUCAUCAGCGGUGAUAGCGGUGCCGGGUACCUCAACCCGACGCAGCUGCUCCCGCCACGUUCGCCGUCCAGCUAUCCUUCCGCAAAUGCGUCGUGGAUUGCGCAUAACAUUCCGCUGUUCCGCCAGUUUGACAUGAGGUUCACGGGGUUUCUCAUCAACGGGGAUGCCGGCGCCAUGACGCCAGAGGCCGAGCGCAUGUACGCGCCCUUCUCCGCGCUGGGCGUGGUGGACGAACUCAACCCGGCACAGGGCGCACCGACGCGUCUGAACGGCAACAUGCCCGUUUUCUCGCAGCAGGACCUCCCUUCCGACGGCAACGCCACGCGCGCUGCCAGCAUCAUUGCGGGCAGAUACAACGCGUCCAACCCCAACCCGCAGUUCUUUGUCUGGCGCAACGUGCUGCAGACGCCAACGUACUACAAGCAGCUAGUGCAGGAGGUGCGGGCGCUUGCCGGCGAUAACGUCGCUGUUGUGGACCCGCACGUGCUGUCGGCGCUCGCACGCGCGCACCUCGGUGGCGACACAGAUCACCAGGUGUCGUACGAGCCCGAGAUUAUCGCGCCAUUGUACCCAGUCGUCAGCGCCCCCGUCACCGUCAACAUGACCGUGCGCAACGAUGGCUGGGGCGACAUCAGCCCGCACGCAACCCUGUGCGCCGGCUUCAGGUCAUCAUCAUCGUUGCCGUUGUCGUCAGCGUCUGACCUGACGUGUGUGCCGUUGGGGGUGACUGUUGGCAGCGGUGAGCGCGCAUCUGCCGCUGCACACUUGCGUGCGCCAGGCGCGUCUGGCACGUAUGUGCUUGAGUACCAGCUUGUUCUGCCCGACGGCCGCGGCUUGGAUGAAUGGGGCAACCCACCUGUCCAGGUGGAAGUGCAAGUGGGCUGGUGAAGACGAAAGGAGCGUUGAGAGGAGAUGAAGAUGGCUGAGGAGAGAGGGCAGAAGAAAGUAGGGAAUGGAGGUGGGUGGGGAAUGAAGGAAAGGAGAGUGGUGCUGGGUGGUGACAUGGUGACACGCUCAUCCGUGGUGCGACACGAGGGUGUACGAUGGCGCCAUGCUUGAGUUCUGUUAUAUUACAUUCCGUUUGGUGGUUUUGUAGCUUCGCCUGUUUGUUUGCUUGUUCCGUGU